UCUGAGGCUUGAGAUGGAGAAGUACGGGCGGAUCCGAGUGGUGGGGAGAGGUGCCUUCGGGAUUGUGCAUCUGUGCCUGCGCAAGGCUGACCAAAAGCUGGUGAUUAUCAAGCAGAUCCCAGUGGAACAGAUGACCAAGGAAGAGCGGCAGGCAGCCCAGAAUGAGUGCCAGGUUCUCAAGCUGCUCAACCACCCCAAUGUCAUUGAGUACUACGAGAACUUCCUAGAGGACAAGGCCCUCAUGAUUGCCAUGGAAUAUGCACCAGGUGGCACCCUGGCUGAAUUCAUUCAAAAGCGCUGCAAUUCGCUGCUAGAGGAGGAGACCAUCCUGCACUUCUUUGUGCAGAUCCUGCUUGCGCUGCAUCACGUGCACACCCAUCUCAUUCUGCACCGGGACCUCAAGACCCAGAACAUUCUUCUUGACAAACACCGCAUGGUCGUCAAGAUCGGCGACUUUGGCAUCUCCAAGAUCCUUAGCAGCAAGAGCAAGGCCUACACGGUGGUGGGUACUCCAUGCUACAUCUCCCCUGAGCUGUGUGAGGGCAAGCCCUAUAACCAGAAGAGUGACAUCUGGGCCCUGGGCUGUGUCCUUUAUGAGCUGGCCAGCCUCAAGAGGGCGUUUGAGGCUGCGAACCUGCCAGCACUUGUGCUGAAGAUCAUGAGCGGCACCUUUGCACCCAUCUCUGACCGAUACAGCCCUGAGCUGCGUCAGCUAGUCCUGAGUCUGCUUAGCCUUGAGCCUGCACAGCGGCCACCACUCAGCCACAUCAUGGCGCAGCCCCUCUGCAUCCGCGCCCUCCUCAACCUCCAUACCGACCUGGGCAGUGUCCGCAUGCGGAGGGCAGAGAAGUCCUUGGCUGCUGGACCAUCCAUUGCCGCUGGCAGUACAGGGAGCAGGACCACCAGCACCCGCUGCAGGGGCGUCCCUCGGGGACCUGUGAGGCCGGCCAUCCCCCCACCACUGUCUUCAGUGUAUGCCUGGGGCGGUGGGCUUAGCAUCCCCCUGCGGCUACCGAUGCUUAACACAGAAGUGGUUCAGGUGGCAGCUGGGCGCACGCAGAAGGCCGGUGUCACGCGCUCUGGGCGCCUCAUCCUGUGGGAAGCCCCGCCCUUAGGCGCUGGAGGAGGUACCCUCCUCCCUGGGGCAGUGGAGCAGCCUCAGCCCCAGUUCAUCUCGCGUUUCCUGGAGGGACAGUCAGGCGUGACCAUCAAGCACGUGGCCUGCGGGGACCUCUUCACUGCCUGCCUGACCGACCGAGGCAUCAUCAUGACCUUUGGCAGUGGCAGCAAUGGGUGCUUAGGCCAUGGCAGCCUCACUGACAUCAGCCAGCCCACCAUUGUGGAGGCCCUGCUGGGCUAUGAGAUGGUGCAGGUGGCCUGUGGGGCCUCUCACGUGCUGGCCCUGUCCACUGAGCGUGAACUAUUUGCCUGGGGCCGUGGAGAUGGUGGCAGGCUGGGACUAGGUACCAGGGAGUCUCACAGCUGCCCCCAGCAGGUGCCCAUGCCCCCUGGACAGCAAGCCCAGCGGGUUGUAUGUGGCAUCGACUGCUCCAUGAUCCUCACUGUGCCUGGCCGAGCCCUGGCCUGCGGGAGCAACAGGUUCAAUAAGCUGGGCCUGGACCACCUCCCCCUGGGAGAGGAACCUGUCCCCCAGCAGCAAGUGGAGGAGGCUUUGAGCUUCACACUACUAGGCUCUGCUCCCCUGGACUGGGAGCCCCUGCUAAGUGUGGACCUGGGCACUGCUCAUUCAGCUGCUGUGACUGCCUCGGGUGACUGCUACACUUUUGGCAGCAAUCAGCAUGGGCAGUUGGGCACCAAUGCCCGCCGGGGCAGCCGGGCACCCUGUCAGGUCCAAGGCCUCGAGGGCAUCAAGAUGGCGAUGGUGGCCUGCGGGGAUGCCUUCACUGUAGCCAUUGGGGCAGAGGGUGAAGUGUACUCUUGGGGCAAAGGUGCCCGAGGUCGACUGGGAAGGAGGGAUGAGGAUGCUGGACUCCCUCGGCCAGUGCAGCUGGAUGAGACACACCCUUACACAGUGACUUCUGUGUCCUGUUGCCAUGGAAACACUCUCCUGGCUGUUCGCCCCAUGACAGAUGAGCCAGCCCCACCCUGAGGCACCUGGACACACCUCUGGACCACCCUGACUGGACCACCUCCUCUGACUGGUCUGAAAAGUGCAGGUGCCUGAGGCAUGACUGUCCCCACCAGCCAUCAGUGGGGUAUAAGGGCCAGUGAAGCCCCUGCUCUGCUUUUGGCCCAGGAUAUGCAAACCUCAACCCCACUCUGUUUUGCCCAACACCUCUUUUCCUUCUUACCCACUGUUCCCUUAAGUCGUGUCCUCAGGGUCCAGCCUGGCUGGAGGUGGAAGCCAGACCUAGCCUUUGGAAGCAUGAUGGUCUCUAGAGCCUUGGCAAAAAAAGGCUGGAGGCAGCUGUGACUCCACUCAGACGCUGCCCUUUCCCCCAGCCCUGUUAGAAAAUAAGUCCCUGGUGCCCACUAGGAGACCACCGCCAUGCUUUGGAGCAGGCAAGUCGGGGCCUGCCUGGACUGGCCAUUAGGCUGCCUAGCCUCUGCAUGGCCUGGGGCAGGGAGCUCCUAGGGAUUGCUAACACCCGCCCCCACACCUUUGUCCUGAGGCAGGGGUUUGUACAGCCUCUGCUUACCUCCCGUCAGAAGGAAGUGCAGAAGCCAUGAAGUGCCUACUGCAGAGAAGAUCCAGGCCGAAGGUUGCCCUCUCCCCAUAACCAGGUUGGGGGAAGGGGUAGCUGGUCGGAUCAGAUCAGUUUCCGAAAGGACUGGAA